AUGACAACAAAAACCCCUCCUCUAAUCGAGCCAUAUCUCGGACUUCCGGCAGAAGCAUCUCUCAUAGUGCUGUCCGGCAUACUAGGUGCAAGUACGAACUGGCUCGUGCUGCGACACUUGGCCAGCUACCUGAGUGGUGGUGCCAGCAGCUUCAGAAACGAUGUCGAGCUAGACGGGAGCGCAGGCUCGGCGGGUGAUGUUGACGGUGGGACGCCACCUGCGGUGCUGCUCGUGAGCUUCUUGCGCGAUUAUGGUUUUUGGAAGGAUAGUGCCGGGCGGUUGGGCAUAGACCUUACAGCCCUCGGCCGCAAAGGCCGCUUCGGCUUUGUAGAUGGCCUGACCGGGUUAUUCACGUCAACGCCCUCGGGGGCCAUGAAGACACCACCGUCAGGGCCUUCACCCAACUGGCCCCAUCUGUCGUGGGAUAAGCGGACAGGAGGAGUCAAUGGCAUCCAGGCUGCGAUACGCGCCUCCAUCGACUCCCUCCGCGGCGCCACUCCGCAGAAGGUGAUGCUCAUAAUCGACCAACCGGACCUCCUCCUGGCGGCGACCGGAGCGACCGUGUUGGGACUGCACGAUAUGAUCUUGGAGCUGCGUGAGCACGUCCACGCAACUAUCAUCACAUUGUCCGCGGACGAGCCUCUCGUCGGCCACCAGCAGCAGACCACCCUGGAGAGGGAGCAUGCGUCCCUGGUCCUGUCGCUGGCCCACGAGGCCGACGUCCUGCUCGCCCUGCGCCUGCUGGACACGGGCACUGCCAACGACGUGAGCGGUGUGUUGAGGAUCACGCGCGGUGGUGGAUCUGGUGGCGGCCAUGAGAGAACACCGCUCGAGGAGCACGAGUACCUGUAUCACGUUGGUGGCGAUGGCGGUGUCAAAGUCUUUGAGCGCGGCCAGUAG